AUGUACUCAACAUGCUUUCCUUUCUUUGGUAUCUCCCGCUACAGGUUAAUUGCUCAGUACGUCUACCCCCAUCAUUACUACGUACCGGCAGCAGCAGGACCUACCUACCAACACCAGCAAACUGGACAGGGCGGCUACGUGGACUACUCGAGCGCCUACGCGGCGUACCACCAACACCAAAACGCAGCCAACAUCGACCAGUACACGUACGCGACCAGUCCGGCAGCCUACGUACCCACGUCACCCACCAAUGCCACCUUCCAGUACCAAGUGCCCCAGACAGGCCAGCCGGCCCUUCAACAACAGGCUGCACUGCCCGUCAGCACGUCCAAUAUCUACCAAGCCCAGUUCCCAGCGGCGCAAACUGCCCAGCAAGUCUGUGAGCGGAUGUAA